AUGUAUUUAUUGCUCAUCUUUCUAUGGUGUUUUGUUCAGUGGGUUAACCCAGUGUUUGGUACGGAUAAUGUUCAUAUCAUUCCUCUCCACUCGUAUCGAACAUCAUCAUCAUUAUCAUCAUCUAGGAGAUCAUCCAAGCUAGCACAAGAAGACAAUCACAAACAAUCUGAUGGACUCAUCGCUUCGUUAUUAUCCAAAGAGUCAUCCGAUGAAAACACCAAAGGAGUGGCGACAUUAGAAUCCGAUAAUGAUGUACUUUGGUAUACCAUCCUUGAAGUAGGAACAGGUGAAAGGAGGCAACAAUUCACAGUAGAUGUUGAUACUGGUUCAGCAGAUCUUUUUUUACCGGGAACUGACUGUGAUGAUUCGUGUGAUGGUCAUGGUCGCUAUGAUCCCAAGCAUUCAUCCACCAGCGAAGAUACAUCACAACCUUUUGAAUUGAAUUUUGCAGACAAAACAUCAGUGAAAGGUACGAUAUAUACAGACACGGUAUCGUUAGGUGGAUUGGAAGUAAAUCAUCAAGGGUUUGGUGUGGCCGAGUUAUAUUCAAGAGGCAUGGAAAAGGAUAUUUUUCGACCAGAUGGUUUAUUGGGAUUGGGAUUCAAACAAUUAUCUCAUCUGGGCACAGAGCCUUUGUUGGAUAAUCUGUACAAGCAAGGCAAGAUUAAACAACGUGCCUUUGGUAUCCGUCUCGAUAUGACAAGUGAAGGGGAAAAAGGUGAAUUGACUUUGGGUGGAUAUAAUGAGCAUCAUAUUGAUGGUCCUAUUGCUCAUGCUUCUGUCACUAGUGAUACUUUUUGGCAAAUCCAAUUAGAUUCUGUAUCAUUAAAUUCUCAAGUCAUUGGAACAAAACAACAGAUGAUUGUUGAUACAGGUUCUACUCUAAUCAAUGCUGAUCCUAUCUUUGUUAAAAAAUUUUAUUCUAAAGUCAAAGGAGCAAGAAGACCAAGUAAAGGUGGACAUUGGAUAAUGCCUUGUGCCAAUAUUCCAACUAUAGAGUUUACGAUUAGUGGAAUACAAUUUCCUAUUUCACCAUAUACAUUUAGUCCAGGAAGAGUGGACGAAGGAUCUGAUUUAUGUUAUGGAGGCAUGGUAGCUAAUUCAAAAAGGAAUGAUCCAUGGAUUGUAGGUGGAGUAUUUUUAGCUAAUGUAUAUGCUAUUUUCGACGCAGAUAAAAAAACUAUUGGAUUUAGUCGUUUGAAAAAUCAAAAUCAGGUUUAGAGAAU